AUGUUGUUGGACUAUUGCUGUCGUUGUUUUGGAUUCACCCUCAUAAAACGCCAUGGACCUUUCUCCCUCAAGAAUACACCCAGUGAUACCUUGGUCGUCCUCCAGAAUCUGUUGAUGUGCAUGGUCUGCUUCUACUCUCUCUACUACAUUGUGGUCAGUGUGUGCAUUGGCCUGCUCAGGGUUCAUGAGAUCAACAGCUUGUUGACGCCAUUUGAUUAUACAACACAACCAUCAUGGCAGAACCCCAAAUAUCAGGUUGGUGUGAUUUCCACAGAAGUGACCUAUAUUUUGGGAGGGCUGAUAUUCGCCUGGAUUGUAGAGGAGUGGGUUUGGGAUUACGCCAUAACUGUCACACUGCUCCAUGUCGCCAUGACUGUAGCAGUGAUGUCAGAUCUUCCAUCAGCUGAGGAGUGGUGGAUAACUCUGGGUUCAGGCCUGGUGAUGAUGAUAUUUGGAGGACAGCUCUUGGCCUAUAAACUAUUCAGAAGCAACUUUGUCUACCCAGCUGAACUACAAAACUUCUAAUGAACACAACAUGGAAAUCUUUUAACUGGCUUAUUGGUACAUUUUAGAACCGGAUGCAUCCCAAGAUAUUGCUAGGUUCAUGUUUACACUAGUAUGACACAGCAUGUCUAUCAAUAUUUAUAUUUCCUCCAAAGCAACCACAAGACACACUGUCUAGUGGAUAGUUUUGUAUAAUACAUAAUAGUCU